AGACAUGUCGCCAUCGUGGUUUUUGAGUCCUUCCUAUUCAUUUUUGUCAUGGUGUUAUCUCUGUUUGGAAAUCUGUUGGUCUGUUAUGCUGUAUACCGAAAUCCUCGACUACGAUAUCCCAGCAACUAUUACAUCAUUUCCUUGGCUAUGACCGACAUCUUGCAAGCGCUCUGCACGAUGCCACUUUCCGUUGUUUUUCUGUCAACCGGACAAUGGCCAUUCGGAAAAGUCUUAUGUUACUCCUCCGCCAUCACCAAAUUUGUCCUGACCAAAGCAUCCAUAUACACUAUGGCUCUUAUGGCACUGAACAGAUAUUAUAAAAUAGUGAAGCCUAGUAAGUACCAAGCCUUAUUCAAGAAAAAGUUCAUCGUUGUCACUGCAGCGUUAGCUUAUGCUAUACCAAUUUUUGUAGCGCUUGUCUUUGCCUUUGCUCUCAAUCACACCACCAAACCGAGCCCCGGCUACGCCCUAUGCACAACACAAAUUCGUCCUCGGUUUUUGGUAAUUAUAACUAUUUUACUCUUUUCGCCGUAUAUUAUUAUCGGUUUUUGUUACUGGAAAAUUCACAAGACAAUCAAAAUGCACAACGCCAGCAUGUCUUGGAAGACGUCAAACGUGCAAGAUGUAAAAAUAAGCAAGACUCUGGGUGUCACCGUGAUUGCUUUUGUUUGCCUUUGGCUACCGGUCCAUGUUACAUCGACUGUUUCAAUAUUGGCGGCUUUUUCUGAGCUACCUCGUUUGGUGACACUGCUUUGCACUCUCCUGAUCUUCUUGACGAGUUGUGUCAAUCCGUUUAUCUAUGGGUUCAUGAAUCGCUCUUUCAAGGUUGAGUUCAAGAAAUUUUUGUUU